AAUCAAAUAAUCAUACUAAAACAUGUGUCUGUUAAAUUAGCAUUUGACAUUCAUGUGCUUUUUUAUGACUUGUCAUUUUGAAUUUAGACAUUGUUGGGUUAAACUUAUUACUUAGUAUUAUUUUCCAUUGAAUUAAGUCAAACAACUCGAAUAUCUAACAUUUCAAUUUAUAAUGGCUGGUUUAUUCAAGACUUUUAUUAAUAGGGUGCCACAAUUAUUGAGAACUGUACCAGCAAAACAAAUAGUUCAUAGAAACUUUGCUAUUACCUCAUCUUUACUUGGUCCAAGAGUUCAACAGCCAGCUCCAGAUUUUUGUGGAACAGCUGUAGUUAAUGGUCAAUUCCAGGACAUAAAAUUAGCAGACUACAAAGGAAGAUAUGUGGUUUUAUUUUUCUAUCCCUUAGACUUUACGUUUGUUUGUCCAACUGAACUUGUUGCUUUGGAAGAAAAACUCGAGGACUUCAAGGCUAUAUCAGCAGAUGUUAUUGGGUGUUCAAUAGAUUCCCAUUUUUCACAUUUAGCUUGGAUCAACACAAAGAGAAGUGAGGGUGGCUUGGGCAGUAUCCGUUACCCACUUCUCUCCGAUAUUAAUAAAGUAAUAUCUAGAGCAUAUGAUGUUCUUUUGGAAAAAGAAGGUAUUGCAUUAAGAGGAAUGUUCAUUAUUGAUCCUAAUGGUAUCUUGAGGCACAUAACAAUAAAUGAUUUGCCCAUUGGUAGAAAUGUAGAUGAGGCUAUUAGAAUCAUUGAAGCUCUUCAGUUUGUUGAUAAACAUGGUGAAGUAUGUCCAGCUAAUUGGCAAAAAGGCAAGAAAACCAUUAAACCGGAUCCCAAAGGUUCUCAAGAAUAUUUCAAAUGUGUAAAUUAAUUUUUAGAAACAAUAUUGGUGAUGAACAAAAAAAUUGGGUAAUAUCUCUGUAUAUUGUUAAAUUAAUCUCAAAUUUGAUUUGUAUUUUUUUAUUUGAUUAUAUAUUUUAUUAUUCAAUGUAAA